AUGAAGUGGCUAAUCCUUGCACUAGUAUGCCUUCACCUCAGUCAGGCUAUGAUCAAAGUAUCCUUAAAACGAUUCAAGUCUAUGCGGGAAGAGAUGAUGGAAAAAGGGGUCAGUGGACCACUCCUACACAAGUAUUAUGAUCCAGCCAGCAAAUACAUCAACCAGUUUGCCGUUGCUGAUGAGCCUCUUGCUAACUACAUGGAUAUGUCCUAUUAUGGAGAGAUCAGUAUUGGAACUCCACCCCAGAACUUCAUGGUUCUCUUUGACACUGGGUCAUCCAAUCUCUGGGUGCCAUCCAUCUAUUGCCAGAGUCAGACUUGCAGCAACCAUGCAUUAUUUAAUCCCAGUCAGUCUUCUACUUAUUCCAGCAACGGACAAACUUUUAGUAUACAGUAUGGAAGUGGUAGUCUCAGUGGGGUCUUUGGCUAUGAUACUGUAACGAUCCAAGGCAUUCCUAUUACCAAUCAAGAAUUUGGUCUAAGUGAAACUGAGCCUGGCACUGCCUUUCUCUAUUCACAAUUUGAUGGCAUCCUGGGUUUGGCCUAUCCUUCCCUUUCUGCUGGUGGUGCCACCACUGUAAUGCAGGGAAUGAUCCAGGAGAAUUUGAUUGAUGCUCCUGUUUUCAGUUUUUACCUGAGUCAGCAGCCAAGCUCCCAGAAUGGUGGUUCACUUAUAUUCGGAGGAGUCGAUUCCAAUCUCUACAAUGGUCAGAUUUACUGGACUCCAGUCACCCAAGACUUGUAUUGGCAAAUCGCGAUUGAUGGAUUCCUGGUUAACAACCAAGGCACCAACUGGUGCAGUCAGGGCUGCCAGGGGAUUGUGGAUACCGGAACAUCACUACUCACUGUUCCUGGGCAGUUCUUUCAAGAGCUGAUGCAGAACAUUGGAGCUCAACAAAACAACAAUGGCGCGUAUGUGGUUAGCUGCAAUAACGUUCAAUACAUGCCCACUAUCACAUUUGUCAUCAAUGGAAAUUAUUUCCCCCUGAGUCCAUCUGCCUAUGUCCUUCCGUAUUCUAAUAACAAUUGCCAGAUUGGCAUAAUGCCUACUUACCUGCCAUCCCAGAAUGGACAAAUCAUUCUGAAGAAAGGAAAAUCCAUUCGUGAAAAUAUGAGAGAGAAUGGAGUGUUGGAAGAAUUUUUAGAAAAAUACCAUAUUGAUCCUGGAUUAAAAUAUCAGUUCAAUAAAUUUGGUGUUACAUAUGAACCAAUGACCAAUUAUUUGGACUCUUAUUACUUUGGAAAAAUAAGCAUUGGGACUCCACCACAAGAUUUUCUUGUUCUUUUGGACACCGGCUCUGGUUAUCUGUGGGUACCUUCUACAUAUUGUACAUCAAAGGCCUGUG